AUGGUGAUCAGUGCUUUGCAGAUUGUUGGGCUGCUCAUUGGUGGUGUUGGCAUGAUUGGGACAUUUGCUGUCACGGCGAUGCCUCAGUGGAGAGUGUCUGCCUUCAUCGAGAACAACAUCAUCGUGUUUGAGACCAUUUGGGAAGGCCUGUGGAUGCACUGCAUCAGGCAAGCAAACAUCAGGAUGCAGUGCAAAGUCUAUGACUCUGUGCUGGCCCUCCCACUGGACCUGCAGGCAUCCAGAGGGUUAAUGUGUGUUGGGUCUGCGCUCUCCUUCCUCGCUUUUGUGUUUGCCAUUAUCGGGAUGAAGUGCACUCUGUGUGCACAGAGCAGCUGUCAAGACAAGGGCUAUGUUAUUCUGACGGCUGGGCUCUUCUUCAUCCUCUCGGGUGUAGUCGAACUCAUUCCAGUCUGCUGGGUUGCAAACACCAUCAUCAGUGACUUCUACAGCCCACUGGUCAACGCUGCACAGAAAAGGGAGCUUGGAGAGGCCCUCUACCUGGGCUGGGUAGCUGCUUUGUGUCUCAUUGCUGCUGGAGCAAUAUUCUGUUCCUUUUUCCGCUGUUGUGAGAAAACAAGAAGCUAUGGAUACUCUGCACCAACCCACUCUUCUACUUAUAGCCAGCACAAGAAGACUGAAAGCUCAUACUCCAAAAGUCAGUAUGUCUAG